UGCAGAAACUGGCCUCCUCUCUCCUCCAGAGACCAAGCUAGACGCCCAGGCGGCCCCCAGGGAAGCGAGGCCACCAUGGCUCUGAAGACCCUUGUCCUGUUCUCCCUGCUGGUCCUGGGGCUGCUGGUGAUCGUGGGCGCCCAGCCUUCUGCUUUCUACACGUUCCAGAACAGGCACAUGGAUCCCGGAUCCGGCCCUUUCGGCCCCCUCUACUGCAACAGGACAAUGAACCGAAGGAAUCUUUUAAACCGGAACUUCAACACCUUUGUGCAUGAGUCCCCUGACGAUGUCAAGGACGUCUGCAAGGAGAGAAACUACACCUGCAAAAACGGACAGACAAACUGCCACAAGAGUAGGAAUAGAAUGAGCAUCUCAGAUUGUAGUAUAACAGGCAGGAACCCCAUUAACUACCAGACCACCAACAGCAGGAAGUACAUCAUCAUUGCCUGUGAUCCAACCGGGGUUUGGCCCGUCCACUUUGAUGAUUCCAUGUAGGUCUCCUGCAGAGCCUGGAUAGAGACCCCCCAGCCCCACCCGUAGCCUCCUGCCCUGUUGGCUGUGGCCCCUCCUCUCUCAUCUCUUCCCUUCACCCUGAAGGCAAAAUCCAGGUUGGCUCCUGGCCUCCCUAGCCAGCAUCCCAGCCUGAGGCUUGUGCCCGUGGCCUUGGGGUGAGACCCAGCUUCCUGUCCCCAUGUUAAUUCCCCCACUGCUUCUUUCAAUAAAAUGCACUUGCAACCUCAA